AUGCCCUCCGAAAAAAGCGUCAAGGCCGCUCUCGCCCUCAUCGAGAAUGACAAGUCCAAGCUCCUGGGCUUGAAGGUGGGGCAGCACGCGAGCGUGGAGCCGGGACAGUAUAUCCCUCGAGCUGACGCCCAAUCCCCGCCAGCCUUAUCCUUCCCCUCGGCAUCCCCGACAAAAACCUACCUGGCAAUCAGCCUCGACAUCGACGCCCCCUUCCCUUCCUUCGACGUCCUCGGCCCAAUCCUGCACUGGAUUCAACCAAACGUGAAAGUGUCGGGCGAAUCGCUGAGCACAGACGCCCCCUUCGUCGCGAACUAUAUCGGUCCCGCCCCGCCACCGGGUAGUUCCCCGCACCGGUAUACCUUCUUCUUGUAUGAGCAGCCCGAGGGCUUUGAUUAUAAGAAGUAUGCGCCUGCAGACGGAAAGACGUUGGGGAAUUGGAGUCGUAUGCGCUACGAUCUUGAUGCGUGGGCCAAGGAGAUUGGGUUGGGGGAUGUGCUUGCUUUUAACUAUUUUACUAGUAAUUAG